CAAUUGUUCUGCAGGGGAGAAAGUGAAGAAAUUCAUUAAUGAGGAAAUUGGUGGUUUAUGCUUGAGAGAGUGAGAGGAAAACACUUGGAGCCAAGAAAGGAGAGCUGGUUCUUGUCCAGGGCAAAACAAACACCAGAGAGAAGGAGGGAAAGACACAGCAAAGAGAUCUGAUCUGUUAGGAGAUACAAAGGAGUGAAGUGGAUCUUGAAGACAGAUGGAGGAAUUUUACUUGGGAAGAAAGGAAGCUGUGUCUGUGCAUGUGCUGGAAGAGCAUUCCAGAUCUCUUCUCUUAGGAAACGCCACCAACUCCUCACAGCACGGAGGCCCAGCAUGAAUGGGAACUGUGCUGGGGGCACAGACUGGGUGAGAAAUCUGGAGUCCAGUUGUCCUGUGGAAAACAGAAGUGUAGCAGCCCAUGAGUCAGAAGACAGUUCUGUGGUGUUGGGAGGUCACAGCCCUGCAGUUCCCAGGACUGAGGGUUUGGAUUCUGAAUGCCGACACAACACCUGCCCAGUAAGUCCCCAGAUCAGUGGCAUGCUGUCUGCUCCUGAAGAACCUCACAACUGCCAUAUCCCAGAUGGAAAUAAGAGACAGCUGGAAUAUUUUAAUAGCCAGGAACGCCAUGGAUGCUGUGCAUUGUCUUCAAGCAGCAGUUCCCAGACAGUAGCUCCAGAGAAAGUGACCCUGGUGGUGGAUGGCACCCGCUUUGCAGUGAACCCCCAGAUCUUCACUGCUCACCCUGACACCAUGCUGGGAAGAAUGUUUGGGCCAGGCAGAGAAUACAAUUUCACCCGGCCAAACGAGAAGGGCGAGUACGAGAUCGCAGAAGGGAUCAGCUCGGCCGUGUUCCGCACCGUGCUGGAUUAUUACAAAACCGGAAUCAUUAACUGCCCUGAUGGGAUUUCCAUCCCAGACCUUCGAGACACAUGUGAUUACCUCUGCAUAAACUUUGAUUUUAACACAAUCAAAUGUCAAGAUUUAAGUGCUCUGUUACACGAGCUCUCCAAUGAUGGGGCUCACAAGCAGUUUGACAGCUACCUGGAGGAGCUGAUCCUGCCCAUCAUGGUGGACAGCGCCAGGAAGGGGGAGCGCGAGUGUCACAUCGUGGUGCUGACCGAUGAGGACACCGUGGACUGGGAUGAGGAUCACCCACCUCCCAUGGGAGAGGAGUACUCACAAAUCCUUUACAGUUCCAAGCUGUACAGAUUCUUCAAGUACAUCGAGAACCGGGACGUGGCCAAAGCUGUGCUAAAAGAGCGGGGCCUGAAGAACAUUCGCAUUGGCAUCGAAGGGUAUCCCACCUGCAAGGAGAAGGUGAAGAGGAGGCCUGGUGGCCGCUCUGAGGUGAUCUACAACUAUGUGCAGCGGCCGUUCAUCCAGAUGUCCUGGGAGAAGGAGGAGGGCAAGAGCCGCCACGUGGAUUUCCAGUGCGUCCGCAGCAAGUCCCUGACAAACCUGGUCACGGUGGGGGAUGAUGUUUCAGAGGACCACGAGGUUAUAAUGCAUCACCCCCCACAAGUGGAUGAACUGGACAGGCUGAACGCCCCCUUCUCCCAGAUGGUUGUGAACGAUCUGCCGGAUUAGCGUGGCUGGGGUGGAGAGUCCUGCUGGGUGUGGUUUCAUCCCAGGUGAUGGCACACAGACUCCUGCAAGGUGCUUUGUCCUCCUCCUUCGUGCUCUUACUACCUUGUCAUAUUUCAAGCAUGCUAAUAAAGAGCCACACUCCAUAGUCUUAAUUGUGCAAUCAAAAGCAACAUCUCCUCAGACAAAAAGAAGUGACCUGUUGUUCUACUACAAAGGCUUCUGGAUUGUGGGUGCUGAAUAUUUUAUCCAAACUUCUGAAAGAAGAGCACAAGUGUGUAGGAACGUCUUGUUUGACAUGAGAGAGGAAAUUCUGAGCCUGUCAAGACAAAGCUUUCCUUUACAAUUAGGCACAGCUUUGUUUUUGUGAGUUACAGAGGAGUGAACAUCAAAGCAGGACAGAUGAUAUUCUCCAUCAACCAGCAGAAAUGUAGCACAGUGUGACAGCAGAACCCUGAGUGGGAGGAAUCUGUUUGCACUGGCACCUGGCUUUGGAUGCAGCAUGGUGUACUGCUGCCCUGGGGAAGGAGGAAGCAGUUCCAUAGGAAGCACAUGCCUGUUCACAGGAACUCCCCAUCUGUACUUCUCCAUGAGAUGGAAUCAUUGUUUUUAAGGAUGUUUUCUGUUAAGUUCAGUAAAUGAGUUGAUCAUGCUGAAGGAAAACCCAAAAGAGACUGUAGCUGAUAUUCUACCAAUGAAAUAAAUCUAUUAAUAGCCAGAUAGAUGUAAGAAGCUUUCUAGAGGUGACUGUGCAUGCUGAAGACUUUGACCUGUCUUCUCCAUCCCCCUGCUAAGACAAAUAAAGCCCAUGGAGGAGCUCCCAGUUUACUACCUGGGUAAAACCCUUGGUCUCAUCAACCUUAGUCAGAAUUGCUGUAGACUCUCCAAGGAGCUGCUGCUGCAGCUUUAAAAAGCCAGCUACUUCCUUCCCAGUUUGGAACUGACUGGGCCAUUUUGCUGUCAGGCAGGUAAGAAAUACCAAUAGUAAACCAGCUCUCAGUAGAAAAAAAUGCACCUGGGAACAACUCUCCUUUACUGCUCUGAGUGUAUUGUCCUGAUCUGGGAAUUUGGGUUCAGGGCCAACAAAGCUGUGACUGUAAGAACAGGCACACUGCAGGCUGGUUUAGCUCAGGUGGAUUGGAGCCUCACUGCUCCUGUUCCUGCAGCACUGAGUUCCCUCUGGGAGUUCCCUGUAGGAACUGGCCUAACCCCUGAUGAGCACACAGUGAGUUCUGCACUGCCCCAGCUGAGCUGAAGGCACCAGAACGGGGCUGCCUCACAAAGCCAUCCCUUCUGAUGGCUCUGUAAAGGCUUUAUGUACCCAAACCAGAGUUUUUAAACAUGGUGCUGGUGCAAAGAAAAGCUAAAACCAUUCAAGAAAAAAGGACAAGAGCUCCUCACAAAGCUGGGCAGGUCAGUGCUGCUCUGGCAGAGGUGUUGAAACCUGGAUUCCAUGAGUGUUGAGUUACCUGGUCAGACUUGAGGUGUGGGUAUCAGUCUGGCCCUAGAAAGUUUAAUCCUUUUUUGUGCAACAUCAAGCAAAUUUGUAUUGUUCUCCUCCUGACUGCCAAGAGCACGGUGGAUUGAGCAGUGAAGUUUGCUGCUGGUUGCUGCUGGUUGCUGCUGAGGUGUUUGUGGUUUUCAGUGCAAGUAACAUUAAAAAAAUCAAGCAGAAAUGUUUAGUUGCAAGUAACAAAUCUCUGCCAAGGCACAUUUUAGUUUCCAUUAGUAUGGAUACAAGUUCCAUUCUUUCAGUUUUUCUGUUCUUACCUUCUUUCCCAAGUGCAGCAAAUAGAUUCUUCUAAAAAGAAGUGCCUAUGGGAAGAUUUCAGGACCUGCCAGGAGUCCCAGGUGUUCAGAUGCCCAAAUUCCACUUGACUACUUUUGUGUGUCACUGGGUCGGUAGAGAGAAGUGUCCUUUGGUGCCUGCACAGAGCUGGGGUGAUGUGCAGACACUCCAUUACUGCUCCAGAUGAAUUUAUGUGGUAGACAGAGGAAGACACAUGGACCAUGAACCUCCAGCAGGGGCCAGACCAACCCCACUCUUGCCGUGGUGCUGAGCUGUUCCUCAGCACAAACAGAGGCUCUGUGAGCCCAGCAGUGGAGGGGCUUGUCCCUAGGAACUUGUCCACUGCCUAGGGGCACUGAUGGCCCCCAGGCUCUGUGAUUAUAUUUUUCAAGGGUGUAUUUAUUUCCCCAGCAGUGUCAGGUUUAAGUAAAGGAGUGUUGGUGUUGCCCAGCUGAGCUGGAAUUGGAGGUUCCACGCAUUCUGCUCUAAGGACUGAAGUGUGGGUGGUGUUCAGAACUCCUCAGGACUGUGUCAAGGCAUCAGGUGCUGAGAUUUGCACCUCAACAGUGUCUUUUGGGAUCUGACAGCUGAAGUACCACAUCCAGCCAAACCAAACCCACCCAGUGUGUCCCUGAGCCCAGGGUCAGCUCAGCCUCUGGAAGGAUUCAGGAAGUUUAUUAAACAGCAGCAGCCCUCUUGGGAGUUACAGACUGUCAGUUCUCUUGGAGCUUGUGGUUCCCUGUGCAAUCAACUGCAGCUUCAGCAUGGGACGGACAUUACCCAGCUCCCAUGAUUUCCACUUACCUAGUGUAGUUUAUUGGCUUUCCCAAGUAGUUAUUCAUUUUGGAUUUUAAUUUUUGUUAGUAGAGUGAGUUCCAUUGGAACACUGAAUCAGAUUUUAAAAGUGUCUGCUUUUCCUCCUCUCACAGUCACCUACUUCAAGUACAAGGUCAACUUCUGUCUUACUCUAGAUGUACUGAAGUGCUUCUGUGCUGUGUAUGAACCCCAGAUGUAUGGUUUCUUUUCUGGAUUAAAGUAUAAAUUAUAUGUGACUUGUUUGG